CAUUGCCGGCUAGCUGAUUCCUUUAACUGGAUACCCCAGGGAUAGAACCUGAGGACCUUUGCCUGCAAAGCAGACCCCUACCACUAAGCUAUGGUCCCUCCACCAAUGUAGAAAGACACAAUAUUUGAAAUAAAGCCAGUGGGAGUUCCUACUGACCAUCCAAAGUGCAUAUUGACAUCAACCGUGUGCGGACUCUCUACAGUACAGUGAUUAUGGUAUUUAUUUAUCUUUAUUUAUUUCAGCAUUCCUGGGCCACAUCUUAGGACAAAAUCUCCCCAAGGCGGCUUACAUAAAAACAACUAUAAAAUGCAAAUAGCACAUUUCAGUAAAAAAACAAAAAAAACAAAAACCCAGUCCUUUAAAAAGAACAGUCUAAAACAAUACACUGACCAGCACAAGACCAUUAGAAUUUGAAACAGAGCAAAUCAAAAACAAUUUAAAAUCAGCUGCACUAUUUAUCUUUUAAGAGAAAUGCACUGGCAACCAAUGCAACUGAUACAAUAUUGGUCCCUCUUGUUCCAAUUGCCUGCCCUACUAACAUCUGGCAGACACAUUUUUCACCAGUUGAAGUUUCUGGAUCCUUUUUAAAGGCAGCAUCCACAUAUAGUGCAUUAUAAUUAUUUAGUCUGGAGUCUAGUACUAUAAUUACAAGUAUAUUUAAAAGUAUAUUUAGGUUGUAAACUUAUGCACAUUUACAAUAAUAAGUGUACAUCUGUAGAGUUCAUCAAAGAAAGUUCUAAGAAACAACAAGGAACAAAACACUGCAGAGUUCAGCAAUGCAGAAAAAUAUAUUUCUAGUUAAAAUGCAGGAACUUCAAACUGACAAGAAUAAUAUAUAUACAAAUGAAAUAGAUGAUAUGUUGAGUUGCAAUUACUUAUCCAGGAAAAUUAAAGGUUAGGUAAGACACGUUUAGUUGCUUUACAAUUAAUCUAUUUCCUUGUAACACUAUUUUUGUCCAAUUAAUGCUUUAUUUGCAUUGAUUUGUACUUGGGAAUUUUACUUUGGGGAAAAGCUUUGCAUUUUCCAGAGACUACAUAUACAAAACAUGAUAUCUAAUCUCUGCCACUAGGUUGGCUGAGAUUUAAACAAUGGAAAGCCAUUGUCUUCCUUUACAAUAAAGUUAAAGGAACAAAAUACUACGAUAAUCAAAAGCACCUUUUGGGGUUUCCAUCAUAACACAAGCGUUCCCUUUUUACCAGCAAUUCUACUUCUAUAAGCAAUUUUAAAGGGAGUGGACCCAAUUUACAAAAAACCCUGACUGGAAUAGGUUGACCUUUAAAAGGAAGAUGAGAGUAUAAAUUCAGGGACCAAUCAAGGUGAUGAGCAGAUCUGAGGUUUUGCCUCUUACAAAUCAAGAGAACCAUAGAAGAACUCUGAAGACAUGAACUCUCUCAUAGCAUUUACUCUGCUCUUCCUGGUGUUCAACCUCGAGAAUGCACAUUCCCAGCUGGCCGAAAGCAACUGCAGGCAUUUUGCAGACAACCUACCUCGCAGGCUCCGAGAGCUAAGGGUCACUUUUAAUAAGAUUAAAGAUUAUUUUCAAACCAGAGAUGAUGAACUAGACAUCAUGUUGUUAAAAGAAGAAUUACUGGAAGAUUUCAAGGGGUACUUGGGCUGCCAGUCAGUGGCAGAAAUGAUUCAGUUUUACCUGGAGGAUGUUUUGCCAAAUGUGACCACCGGCAACAAUGUCGAAAAGGACGUAGGCUUUCUUGGAACUAUGCUGCAGGAUCUGAGACUGACGAUCAAGCGCUGUCAUAAUUUCUUCAUCUGUGAAAAGAAGAAUAGAGUAAUAAAGAACAUCAAAGAAACCUAUCAAAAGCUGCAAGUCAAAGGCAUCUACAAAGCAGUUGGAGAAUUCGACAUUUUCAUUAACUACCUUGAAGAAUAUCUUAUAAUGAAGAUGAAAAAAUGAAACAAUGUCUUUUUCACAACUGGAAAAUUGUUACUUUUAUAAUAAUAUAAACUCUUGAUGGAAAACAGUGUUAUAUUUUGCAAAAGAUGUUACCGAAAAUCAUUGAUAAUGCUGUGUGUAUGUUUUUAACUUAAACAAUUAUUUAUUAACUCAAAUACCUCAGUUUUUGUCAAUACUUUAUGCUUUUUUCAAAAUGAAAGGCUGGUUACAUAAUGUAUUGAUUGAUAUUUUUUAUACUGUCCUUUUAUUUUCUCCUUAGCUUAGGGAUGCUCAAAGUUGCUUUGUUCCAGAAAAUACUUGUUAAGAAGUAAGCAAUAGCAUCUGAGAAGUAUCUGUAUUAUGUUUGAGUCAAUAUUUUUUUAUUUUAAAUCCAAUGACUCAAAGGCUAGAGACAAUUGGUUCAUUUAAGCAUGUGAGUUGUCUGUUGGAACAAUAUGUAAAAAAAAGUGAGCAUGCUGACAUGUGCAUGAGAUUAUAUUCAGUGAUGUCCAUGCACUGCCAGAAGGCUCUUUGAUCCAGUAGAGGCCUCUGUCAGUGGAACUGGGAGAGAGGCAAUUUCCCCUUAUUCCUCUCCCUGCAGCUCCUCCCCCUAUUGUUGGACUCUUCAGAACAAUGUUAGAGAUUGUGAAAGGAAUUGUAGGAGGGAUGCAGAAAUCAGCACAAGUUGGCUUCCUACCCAUUCUACUGACAGAAGCCUUUGCUAGAUCAAAGAUCCUUCCAGUGAAUGGACAUCAUUGAAUGUAACAGUGAAGGGACACCAUUGGGUGUAACCAAUGGUAAGUUCUCCGGUCAGACGUUAAGAAUUGUUAGUUCAGACCAUAACCAACAGGCUAUUAACUGGGACUGGGAACAGGUCUCACCAGGGCUUAAAGAUCUUCACCAGUUCUUGGUGCACAUCUAAGCACAAUUCUAAGAACUGGGACUUACCUUUAAGCCCUUCAUGACUUGAGACUUAUGUACCAAAAGAACAUCUUCUCCCACAUCACCCUCCCCAUGCAUUGAGGUUUGCUUCAGUUGCUUUACUCCAGGUGUCUUCAUUAUUUGAGAUGAGGUGGGUAGCAACUUUCCAGAAGGCUUUCUUGGUUGAGGACACCCUACCUGUGAAAUAUUCUUCUGGUGCCUACAUUGUUACCUUCCAACUGCCUACCUCAUUAAUCUCCUACAUUUUAGUGGUUUUUUUUAAAAUCAUUGAUGCAUUUUUAUCCUUGCUGGGUUUCUUUUAAUACAGCCUUUAAUUGUUGUUUCUGUGUUUACUUUGUUUUUAUUUGACAGUUUUGUAAACAGCCCUGAAAUGUUUUUUUAAUGG